GGAAACGAAAGCAGUCCCGUUCUAUUACCCAUGAUAAAAGGGCAUGCCCUGACAAUGCACUAGUCUCUGAUGUGCAACCUCGGGAUACCACCACAGAUUUCAUUAAAACAGUUGAUUUCUAUACAGAAAACCUGUUAGGAGCUGGAGAUGUCACAAAUUCAUGGUCUGCAGCGUUGGCAAGUGUCUCAGAAGCUAACGGUGAUGCGAUAGUGCCGGUAGCUACUACCGUACUGACAUCUUCUUUGGACUCGCAGACAUCUGCGGCGGUUAAUCUGCCACGUGUGGUUGGAGCCCGUGUCGAGGAUGAAUCUUCUAUGAUUUUUGAAACAUCUCUACCUGCAAAUCAGGAACAUUUCAAUAAUGAGUUAUUGCUGGAAUUGAUAGCGCAAGUGAGAAGACUGACUGAAGACGUCGCAUCCAUAAAUUCAAGGUGUACAGCUCAAGAGGCUUUGCUGAGAAGCCUGGCAGAAGGCAUCGCUGCCAUAAUUUCAAGGUGUACAGCUCAAGAGGCAUUGCUGAGAAGACAUACUGAAGGCAUCGCAGCCAUAAUUUCAUGGUCUAAAGAUCAACAGGUGUUAACCAGACUUAUAUUUGAAGCUCACCAGAAGACUUCUGAAGAACAAAACUUGGUGAACAGAAUGCUGCUUGAUCGAUUGGUGAACAUUGAAAAAGUCCAGAGAAAGGAAUUCGAUCUACAGGGAGGUACGGUAAUUCUACUUCAACAAGUUAAAGAUGCUGUUUCACACAAUAAUGGUUUAUAGUUGAAAUAAGUGUUGUUUUUGCUGGGUUUUUCCUACCAUUUUGCGGUGCUGUUUUUAAAUGGGUUUUUUAAAUAUGUUUUGGUUAUUUUUGUGAUGCUGGGUUUUUUUUUUUUUUUUUUUUUUACUAUUUUGCAAUGCUGUUUUUAAAUGUGUGUUUUUAAAUAUGUUUUGGUUAUUUUGGUGAUGCUGGUUUAUAGUUGAAAUACGUGUUGUUGAUGGGUUUUUAUACUAUUUUGUGAUACUGGUUUAUUUUUUUUUGGAUUGCUAGUUUUAUUAUGGUUAAGAGAAAUUUAAGUGUUUUAUCUUUUUGUUUGGCUAUAUCGGCAUUGGCUAACGUUAAUUUGUAAUGCUAUUUUGGGCAUAAUCAGAGAAUAUAUCUGUGUAAUCCUGGAGAAGUUCUAAAUAUUAUUGAAAAUGGCUGGUAAAAGAGUGCGUUCAGAUGAUGAUUUACAUAGUUGUCCAGAAAUACCUAAUGUAAGGGCUAGGCAUGAGGCUGAGACUGAAAUGUUUGCUGCUGCACAAGACCAAUUACUUGAAAGGGUAAACGAAAUGAUUCGGACAUAUCCACAUCAGAGUUUAGAACCUGUGCCUGCGAGGGUAGACCAAACAUACGAACAAAUAAGUGAAAGGCAAAAUGAAAUGAUUCGGACAUAUGAACAAAGAUUUGAAACAAAUUUGUCACAAACAGGUUAUGGUGUAGUAAAUCCUACCGAUAAUUCUAAUACGGCAGACACCCUUACGGGUUUAAGUCAGAGUGAUGUGGACACGCUAGUGCGUGAUGGAGGGACAGUAAGUGAUUACACAAUAGUCCCGAGACCCUAUUUUAAUGGUCUAGAAAUUCACAGAAAUCUAAAUUUGCGCGAGAUCAUAACCACAGAUUUGGCAGCGUACACUAUAUUUGUCCAAAAUAUUCUGUCGGAAAUGGUUUCAUUCUCUAGAGAUAUAGGAGGUGAGGGAUCAUACAUUAAUAUCAGUCUUAAAGGCUCAAGUCUCAAAUCUGACGUUAACACUAUACUGUGUCCCGGUAACGACUAUGAUGAAAAUCGUUUUAUCGAACAGUUUGAAUCGGUUGCACAAAGUAAUGAACAGAUGUUGGCGGAUGACAGUUUGCAACUGCAUGUAUCAAUAGCGAGAAGUAUGAAUGGAGGGGUUCGUAGGAAGAUUACAGAUAUAGCCCAUGAUGAAGUGAUUAAGAAAAAAAGGAUGUGUUUGUUCUCACCUACCAACUUUACAAACAAUCUGUGUUUUGCAAUAUGUUUAGCAUACUUUCUUGAACCCCAUGCAGAGUAUGAGGAGUUAGAACGUAUGGCUGUGGAUAUACAGACUGCUGCAGGUCUAACCCCUCAAGACUGUGUGGGCUUUAAUCACAUUACAAAGUUUGAGAGUGUGAUGAAAGUGAAGAUUGUGGUGUUUUACAGGUCAAGUGAGGGUGUGUUAGAGCAUCAUAAGACACAUGAUGAGCCCCAUAAAAAGACAGUGUUUUUGUACUUGCAUGAUGCCCAUUAUCACUUGAUAACUCGUAUUAAGGCAUUUGUUGGAUCAUCGUAUGUCUGCGAGCACUGUUACAAGGGGUACACAAACAGACAGGGUCACGAUUGCAAAUAUACAUGUUCUGUAUGUAAUGACAGUAGGUGUUACAAACAUGCUAAAAAGACAAUACACUGUCCAGACUGUUUGAGAAUUUGUAAAUCGCAAUAUUGCUUUGAUGCCCAUAAAAAACCCUCUGCUGCUGCAUUUGGGAGAUCGCCCUGUGAUAUCACCAAAUACUGCGUUAAAUGCGGUAGACGGUACCAUGUGGCAGCAAGUAAACCUGACCAGGAACAUGAAUGUCCCGCAGAUUGUUGCUACUAUUGUGGUGAGGAUGUAAGUCACGAUGGUGAACAUGAAUGUUUCAUACAUCCUAUAUCUGUUGAAGAGGUUGAGGAUUGCUACAUAUUUUAUGACUUUGAAACCCGUUGUGAUAAUGGUAAGCAUGUUGCUAAUUAUGUCUGUGCCAUGACCUUUAGCGGUGAGAAAUUUGAAAGUGCAGGUGAAGGGUGUGUAGAGAACUUCGUUCGCAGAUUCCGACAGCCAAGAUAUAAAAACCACACAUUUGUGGCUCACAAUGGGGCAGGUUUUGACAACUUCUUAGUCCUAGAGUAUUUCUGCAGGGAGGGUCUCAAACUUAACAUUAUCAUGCAAGGCUGUAGAUUGACCUUCAUGUACGAUGAGACUUACAAACAACGAUUCAUUGACUCGUUCAGUUUUAUGCCUAUGGCAUUGUCAAAGACACCUGCAGCCUUUAAUUUGACCAGUACAGAGAAGGGUUACUUCCCCCAUCUCUUCAAUACAUUGCAGAAUCAAAACUAUGUAGGACCAUAUCCCACAAAAAACUACUACGGCUAUGCCACAAUGACUGAUAGUGCCAGGCUAAAGUUUGAUCAAUGGUAUGACACACUUGAAGGGAAGGUUUUUGACUUCAGAAAAGAGAUUGGAUUGUACUGUAUGAACGAUGUUGUCUUACUUCGGGAUGCAUGUAUUAAGUACAGGAAAGAGUUCAUUGCAUGUACAGAGAUAGACCCCUUCAGAUUUACGACUUUAGCAUCAUGUUGUAUGGGUGUGUUCAAAACACACUUUCUAAAACCUGCUACUAUAGCUCUGACCCAUAACAAUGCAUACAUACAUCAGCACAAGACAUUCUCGAAUGCAUCGAUUGAGUGGCUUGAAUAUGUGAAAAAGACACGUGAUGUCGACAUGCAUCAUGCUCUGAAUCACGGUGAGAUGAAAAUUGGUAAUCUCUUCCUCGAUGGAUUUUAUGUCCAAAGCAAUGGUGUGCAGAAAGGUUUGGAAUAUGCGGGAUGUUGGUUUCAUGGCUGUAAGUCUUGUUUUAAACCUGACAGCAUAAAUGAACAGUCCAAAAUACCACAUGGAGCCCUCUAUCGUGCGUUUAUCGACAGAAAUGAGGUUUUGAAAAAAUCCUACAAUAUUGACCUGGAGGUGAUGUGGGAGUGUCAGUGGCGAAAGCUUAAACAGACCGAUCCGGAUGUGAUGAGUUUUAUGUCUACCUAUUCUGCACCAGAAAGACUGAAACCACGUGAUGCUCUGUUUGGUGGCCGUACAAAUGCUUACAAGCUGUACCACAAAGCUGCAGAGGGGGAGAGAAUUAGCUAUGUUGAUUUCACAAGUCUAUAUCCUUUUGUGCAGUCUCGAAAACCCUACCCCAUUGGCCAUCCUGAAAUAAUCUUCAAGGACUUUCAAGACCUUGAAAAUUAUUUCGGGCUUGUUAAGGCUACAGUCCUUCCUCCCAGAAAUUGCUCUUUCCUCAUCUGUGUGUGUACAAGGCAUGAUUUUGCAUUGCUCAUCCACACAGGUACGACAUAA